AUUUUUGAGCCCGUAGGGUGCUACCUUGACAGCGGUACCUCACCUCGUCCCAUGCCACUGCUUCUCAAGGAUUUUCGCCCAGAAAUGAACUGGAAUAAUAUCGAGGCUGUAAUUAAACAGUGCGCAAGCUUGGCAUACAACAGAAGUCUCAGCUAUUUUGGACUACGCUAUUAUGGACAAUGUUGGUCCGGUGCAACCGCUGAUCAAACGUACAGUCGUGACGGACCGGAUAAGAGAUGCGUGAGAGGAGUAGGCCUGGAAUCUACCUACUUUGUGUACAAAUUUUAUGACUACAGUCAUCAAGUUCCCGGAUGUAACAUGGUGUGGAAGGCUCAGGAUAACUUCUGUUUUCUUGUGUCUGCAAAUUACAGUUCAACCGAGAAUAAAAUGAAGGAAUACUGUCAAAAAAAUGAAGGAGACUUGUAUUAUGCAACAAAUAAAAGUGCAUUCCGCCUACUGGAACAGUUCCUUUACACGAUUGUGUCGAGUGCAAAUGGCGGAAAAUCUUCCCAAUGUAUUGUGGUAGGCCUUUUGAAUGCAAGCUCCUUCUCAAACUUACCUCUUACACAGCAGAAUAAAUCAAACUCGAUGACACACAUCUGUGCCACGAGAUUGCCAAGUCAAUGGAAGUUACAAGGAUGUCUUGUUAACAGCUGCGAUCAUUUGUGCAUCGCGCCCAGAGACAUCAGCCCUGUUUCUGGAACAUUCAUCCAGCAUGCCACAGACGCUGCUUUCACAGGUCACAUGAUUACCAGCCUGCUCGUCGAUGACGUCACUGUAUGUGCACGUGAAUGUCUACUCUAUCGCAAUUGUGUGUCGUUUAAUUUCGAAUAUCUACCGACUGGAGGUCGAGAAUUAAUGAGUUCAGGAAGGGUCUGCGAGCUGAAUGACGAAAUUAGAGACAAUUGUUGGGCAAAAUUUCAUCGACGGAACAAUUAUAAAUACUAUGAAAGGUUGCAACUGUAAAUCAGUGUUUCUCGAGUUUUUUUUUUCAGUUUGAAUUUUGUUGAAAAAAUGACUGUUCCCCUCCCGA